AUGAGAUCAGAGCAGAACACCUACACCAGACAGCCACUACAGCCACAGUGCUCUGGGAGUAUGAAUUUCAGGGAGCUGCGCAUCGCCCGUGCUAUUGAGUUCGCCGUCCACGAGAUCAACAACAGAACAGAUCUCCUGCCGGGAAUCACGUUAGGAUACCAGAUACACGACUCGUGCGGUGCAGUGCCGAUGGCAAUCAAAGGAGCAUUUCAGUUUGCAAACGGCAUGGAACCAUUUUUAAGUGAAACUGAUUCCUGCUCAAAACCUGCAGCCGCCGCUGUUCCUGCUCUCGUGGGAGAUUCUGCUUCCACCACUUCUAUUAGUAUGGCCAGAAUACUGGGUCUUUUUGGAAUUCCACAGGUGAGUCACUACGCAACCUGCGCAUGUCUGAGCGACAAGCGUCAGUAUCCUGCCUUCUUCAGAACCGUGCCUAGUGACCACCACCAAGCGGCCGCAUUGGCAAAAAUAGUCAAGCAUUUCGGAUGGACAUGGAUUGGGGCAGUGCGCAGCGACUCAGACUAUGGGAAUAAUGGAAUGGCGUCGUUUCUAAAGGCUGCGCAGGAGGAGGGCAUCUGUGUGGAGUACUCCGAGUCCUACUACAGAACACAACCGCGCAGUAAACUGGAGAGAGUGGCAAACGUCAUCCGCAGAUCAACAGCCCGGGUAAUAGUAGCGUUUGUUGCUUCAGGCGACAUGAAAUUUCUGUUGGAGGAACUAGUAAGACAGCCGCCGCCUCCCCUUCAGUGGAUCGGCACCGAGUCGUGGAUCACAGAAACAGAUUUUCUGCGCUUUAACAUGUGCGCUGGGGCGAUAGGAUUUGGAAUCCCCCGCUCAGUGAUUGGAGGUUUUCGUGAGUUUCUUCUGGAUCUCUCUCCAGAACAAGCACUGAAAUCGCCUCUGCUAACGGAGUUUUGGGAGAGCUCGUUCAGCUGUAGCCUAAAAGGCUCCUCAAAGGGCGCGCGGGAAUGUGACGGCAGUGAGGAUAUCCGCGCGCUGCAGAACCCAUAUACAGACACGUCUCAGCUGCGCGCAACUAACCUGGUAUACAAAGCUACGUAUGCCAUAGCGCAUGCCAUCCACGGUAUACUCGAUCAGCUCAAGAGAGUGAACUUCACUACAAAGAAUGGUUUUCAGGUCUAUUUUGAUUCCAAAGGAGAUCCUGUGGCCGUCUAUGAUCUCAUAAACUGGCAGGUUAAUAAAGACGGCACACUAGUUUUCGUCACAGUGGGCCACUAUGACUCAUCCAAACAAGAGGCCAGGAGUUCAGUACCAAGAUCUGUGUGCAGUGAGAGCUGUCCUCCAGGAACCAGGAAGGCUGUGCAGAAAGGAAAGCCAGUCUGCUGCUAUGACUGUAUACCAUGUGCAGAAGGAGAGAUCAGCAACAAGACAGACUCUUUGAAUUGUGUGAGCUGCCCUCCUGAGUUCUGGCCCAACACCCACCAAGACAGUUGCCUUCACAAACCUGUGGAGUUUCUGUCCUGGGACGACACUCUGAGCAUCAUCCUGACAGCGUUUUCCAUCUCUGGGGCCUUUGUGGAUGUAUGUGUGGCUGCUGUUUUCUACAAACACAGAAAUUCUCCCAUCGUGAGUCACUACGCAACCUGCGCAUGUCUGAGCGAUAAGCGUCAGUAUCCUGCCUUCUUCAGGACCGUGCCUAGUGACCACCACCAGGCGGCCGCACUAGCAAAAAUAGUCAAGCAUUUCGGCUGGACAUGGAUUGGGGCAGUGCGCAGCGACUCAGACUAUGGAAAUUAUGGAAUGGCCUUGUUUCUAAAGGCUGCGCAGGAGGAGGGCAUCUGUGUGGAGUACUCCGAGUCCUACUACAGAACACAACCGCGCAGUAAACUGGAGAGAGUGGCAAACGUCAUCCGCAGAUCAACAGCCCGGGUAAUAGUAGCGUUUCUUGCUUCAGGCGACAUGAAGUUUCUGUUGGAAGAACUGGCAAGACAGCCUCCGCCUCCCCUUCAGUGGAUCGGCACCGAGGCGUGGAUCAUAGAUCCAGAUAUUCGGAGCUUUAACAUGUGCGCUGGGGCGAUAGGUUUUGGCAUCCCCAACGCAGUGAUUCCAGGUCUUCGUGAGUUUCUUCUGGACCUCUCUUCAGAACAGGCAUUACAAACUCCUCUGCUAAGGGAGUUUUGGGAGAGCUCAUUCAGCUGUAGUCUAGAAGGCUCCUCAGGGGGCUCGCGGGAAUGUGACGGCAGUGAGGAUAUUCGCGCGCUGCAGAACCCAUAUACAGACACGUCGCAGCUUCGCGCGACUAACAUGGUGUACAAAGCUACGUAUGCCAUAGCGCAUGCCAUCCACGGUGUUAUCUGUAAUGACACGCAGUGCGACAAGAGCGCUAAAUUCACACCAUGGCAGAUUCUCGACCAGCUCAAAAGAGUGAACUUCACAACAAAUAAUGGUUUUCAGGUCUCCUUUGAUUCCUAUGGUGAUCCUGUGGCCGUCUACGAUCUCAUAAACUGGCAGGUUAAGAAAGACGGUACUAUAGAUUUCAUUACUGUGGGCCACUAUGACUCAUCCAAACCAAGAGGCCAAGAGUUCAGUAUGAGCAGAGCUAUCAUCUGGGUGGGGGGACGGACCGAGGUGCCACGAUCUGUGUGCAGUGAGAGCUGUCCUCCAGGAACCAGGAAGGCUGUACAGAAAGGAAAGCCAGUCUGCUGCUAUGACUGUAUACCAUGUGCAGAAGGAGAGAUCAGCAACAAGACAGAUUCUCUGAACUGUUUGGGCUGCCCUCCUGAGUCCUGGCCCAACAUCCAGCGAGACAGCUGCCUCCCUAAACCUGUGGAGUUCCUGUCCUGGGACGACACUCUGAGCAUCAUCCUGACAGCAUUCUCCAUCACUGGGGCCUUCAUAGCUUUAUGUGUGACUGCUGUCUUCUACAAACACAGAACUUCUCCCAUCGUCCGAGCCAACAACUCAGAGCUGAGCUUCCUGCUGCUCUUCUCACUGACUCUGUGUUUCCUCUGCUCACUUACUUUCAUUGGUCAGCCCUCUGAGUGGUCCUGUAUGCUGCGUCACACAACAUUUGGGAUCACCUUCGUCCUCUGCAUCUCCUGUGUUCUGGGGAAAACAAUAGUGGUGUUAAUGGCCUUCAGAGCUACACUUCCAGGCAGUAAUGCCAUGAAAUGGUUUGGGCCUCCACAGCAGAGACUCAGUGUUCUCACCUUCACUCUCAUACAGGUCCUUAUUUGUGUUCUUUGGUUGACAAUAUCUCCUCCUCUCCCCUUCAAAAAUCUACAGCAAUACAAGGAAAGGAUAAUACUGGAAUGUGGAUUAGGUUCAGCUAUAGGUUUCUGGGCUGUGCUGGGUUAUAUAGGAUUUCUGGCUCUUUUGUGUUUUAUUUUGGCUUUUCUAGCACGGAAACUGCCUGAUAACUUUAAUGAAGCCAAGUUCAUCACAUUCAGCAUGCUCAUAUUCUGUGCAGUUUGGGUAACCUUUAUCCCAGCUUAUGUCAGCUCUCCUGGAAAGUUCACUGUAGCUGUGGAGAUAUUUGCUAUUCUGGCCUCAAGCAUUGGUUUGUUUUUUUGUAUUUUUGCUCCCAAGUGUUUCAUAAUCAUGUUUAGACCGGAGCAAAAUACCAAGAAACACCUUAUGGGUAAAACACCCUCCAAGCCUCUUUGA